AUGACUUCUUGGAAGACUUCUAAGCUAAGCUGGUUUAUCACUGGGGCAGCGUCGGGAUUUGGUCUGGAGCUCACUCGGCUCGCCCUUGCCAACGGCCACAACGUUAUUGCAACAUCACGAAAUCCAGCCAAAGUCCCGGAAUUGGUCUCUGAGAUCGAGAACAAGGGCGGUCGUUGGCUGAACUUGGAUGUUGACGACCCCGACGGUGGCCUCGUCAUUGAGAAAUUGGAAAAGGAGGGCACUGGGAUUGACAUUUUGGUCAACAACGCCGGCUGGUCCAUUCACGGCCCUGUCGAGAGCUUCCCAGAAGAUGAGGUCCGCCGGCAAAUGGAGACGGUCUACUUUGGACCAUACCGCCUUAUCAGAGCAGUGCUACCUCAUAUGCGACAACGACGUCAAGGGUUGAUUCUCAACAUCGGAUCUGGCGCCGGAGUGGGUGGCAGAGAAAGCAUGGGCAUCUACGCCGCUGCCAAGGCUGCGAUGGAUGGCCUUACAAGGAUUCUCGCCCGCGAGGUUGCUCCUUUCAACAUCCGUACCUUGACAGUCCAACUUGGCGGGUUCGACACCAACUUUACCAACGCUCUUCGGCUAUCAUCUGUACCCUUCCCACAAGACUACAUUGGCGGGAGGACAGACCAAGUGGCUCACAGCUUGCUUGGCAGCAAAUACAAGGCCGAUGGUGAUCAUCGCAAAGCCAGCCAGGUCAUUUACGAGGUUGUCAUGGGGGAAGGCCGGGGAGAAGGGAAAGAGGAUGAACGAGUUAUGCCGCUUGGAAGAGAUAUGCUAUUGCUCAUGGACAAUGUUUUCAAGGAUAUGCACCAUCAAAUCGAGACGUUCCGGGAGAUUGGAAAUAGCGUCUACGUUGAUAACCAGUAG